UGUAUAGAACGCGGCAAUAAUCCAUACUUUCAACCACACUGACGGUCUGAAACUGUAGAACCGACAUGUAAAUUACUUUACGCUCAUAAAAAGGAUGGAAACAUGAUUACUGCGCAACAUCAGAGCUUGUGUGCAGUGUGUCACAAAGCCGAGACCUCGUGAUUUGGCAAAGAGUUAGAGAAAGGGUUUCUUUGAUUUGGACUCUAAGGAAUGUGGGCUUUUAUUUUGAAGAUUUCCUCAUUACUAUACAAAGUGGCGUCAUAAUUUGUGCUGCUGGCAUAGUAAUACUAGUGAUGGAUCAUGGUCUCCUAGUGUUUUUGGAAUUAGUUUGUCAUUUUCUAGCUAGCUAGGUAUCUCCAAAUUAUAUGAUGUCGUGUGAUCUCUCCGUAGCUAAUGCUACUAUGAUGUUCCGGUUGAUGGUGUGAAUGAUGUCGCGUCAGAGGAGAGAUCUCUAGAGGAAUCUCGCUGUAGCUGCAGCUAGCUAACACUUCAUUGACCAAGAACAAUGUGGCCUGCUGUUUCGGGAAAACGAUCGGAACUGCUGGACUAAACCAAACACAGACAUGGCUUCUGAGCUCCAGGUGUUCUCCUCACCCUCAAUCUCCUCCAGCGCCUACACUCGCUCCAAGAAACUGAAGGUAGAGAACAGUGUGUGGGAUGUGAGCAGCCAAGUGGGAGACAACAACAACAGUUACUACCAGCAGCAGGGCCCCAGCCAGGGCAAUGGAAACACAUCCUCCCCCUCUGUAUCAAGUUUCAACCCAGCAUACAACUCCUCCAACUCCAACCAGGGGUACCCAUCAACGGGGGCAGGCUCCCGGGAGCAGACGGUCGUACGGGCGGCAGACAGCACCGGCAGCGUCCGAGGACCACCUUCCUCUUCAUCUUCCUCCUCUUACGCCAGUUGCCUUGUCAAAGAUGCCGCAUCAUCAUCCUCCCAGCCAGGCGACCUAUACCAACAUCAGUAUGGUAACAGCCUGAAGAGGAAGAGUGAGGAGGUGGACAGCAGUGACAGUGUUCAGAUCCUGGAGGAGCUCUCGGCCCCUGUGCUCUCCAACCGCACAGCUGCUGGCGGGGGGACCACCACAGCCCAGUCCAUAGCACAUUCCACCUCCACCACUAAGAGUAGUAACUCCCACAGUGAGGGGGACUACCAGCUAGUGCAGCAUGAGAUCCUGUGCUCUGUGUCCAACAGUUAUGAGGUGCUGGAGUUCCUAGGGAGAGGUACAUUUGGUCAGGUGGCUAAAUGCUGGAAGCGUGGCACUAAUGAGAUUGUGGCCAUCAAGAUCUUGAAGAAUCAUCCCUCAUAUGUCCGGCAAGGUCAAAUUGAGGUGAGUAUCCUGAGCAGACUGAGCACAGAGAAUGCUGACGAGUUCAACUUUGUGCGUUCCUACGAGUGUUUCCAACACAAGAACCACACCUGCCUGGUGUUUGAGAUGCUGGAGCAGAACCUCUAUGACUUCCUGAAGCACAGCAAGUUCAGCCCGCUGCUACUCAAGUCCAUCCGGCCUGUGCUGCAGCAGGUGGCCACGGCCCUGAUGAAGCUGAAGAGCCUAGGUCUGAUCCAUGCUGACCUGAAGCCAGAGAACAUCAUGCUUGUAGAUCCUCUCAGACAGCCCUACAGGGUCAAGGUCAUCGACUUUGGCUCUGCCAGCCAUGUCUCCAAGGCCGUGUGUUCCACCUACCUGCAGUCCCGCUACUACCGGGCGCCAGAGAUCAUCCUGGGUCUUCCCUUCUGUGAAGCGAUCGACAUGUGGUCUCUGGGCUGUGUCAUUGCUGAACUGUUCUUGGGUUGGCCUCUCUAUCCCGGUGCCUCAGAGUAUGGUCAGGUCAGCAGCAAUUAUUCUACUAUCCGGUACAUUUCCCAGACCCAGGGCCUGCCUGCUGAGUAUCUCCUGAGUGCAGGCACUAAGACCAGCCGCUUUUUCAACAGAGGCCCUGACUCCAGUUACCCCCUCUGGAGGCUCAAGACACCUUCAGAGCAUGAGGCAGAGCUGGGGAUAAAGUCAAAGGAGGCGAGGAAAUACAUUUUCAACUGUUUGGAUGACAUGAUGCAGGUGAGGGUGAACAUGACUAGUCUGGUGGGAACUGACGUCCUGGCAGAGAAGGCUGACCGGAGAGAGUUUAUUGAUCUGCUAAAGAAAAUGCUGACGCUGGACGCAGACAAACGCAUCACCCCCAUGAAGACCCUCAACCACCCCUUCGUCACCAUGACACACCUGCUGCACUUUCCUCACAGCUCACAUGUGAAGUCAUGCUUCCAGAACAUGGACAUAUGCAAGCGCAGGGUCAGUGCUUUCGAGAGUGGAAAGAAUCUGUUUUCUAGCAACAACAAUCCCAGUGCAGCUACAAACCUCACUGUUACAUUUAGCAGCCAGCUCAACCAGCACAACCAGAUGGCGUCCACCGGUGGCCAGUCACUGUCAGUGAGCAGCAACGUCCCUCUGCUGAACUACCAGCCGGGCCUGUAUCAGCAGGCUACUAUCAACAUCCCCGGUCUCCCCCAGCAGAGUGUCCCUCUGCAGACCAGACCCACCCAGCUAUGUGGCCAGGCUGAGCCUUUCCAGCAGACUCUCAUCGUCUGCCCCCCCACCAUCCAGGGCCUCCAGACGUCCGGCAAACACUCUGGUUUCCCAGUGAGGAUGGACAACGCUGUUCCCAUGGGGCCCCAGAACCAGUCCACUCAGCCUCUACAUCUCCAGCCUGGAAUGCUCACACAGGCCUCCUGCACUCCUUUGAUGGUAGCCACUCUGCACACCCCUGUGGCAGGAAUGGCCCCUCUGUAUUCGCUGCCCCUGGGCUGUGGGGCUGGAAGGCCCGGCCUGCUGGAUCAGAGCUCCACCAUGCUGCAGGGCUGGCCAGCAGGGACCCAGCAGAUCCUUAUCCCCUCCACGUGGCAGCAGAUGCCAGGCAUGGCCCUUCACAACCCCAGCCAGAGCCAGACACUGGUUCCUGACCCUCCCAUGGGAGCCCCUCUCUCUGGUGGAGACUGCUCAGGACAACAAGCAUCGCACCGGAGGGGUCGUCAUGGCAGUCAGUACGAUGGCAUCAUGCAGCAGGACCUUGCACUGGGGCGUCAAGCACCCACGGCCCCCUCCCAAGCAAGACCCCAGCAGGGGAAAGGGUGUAAGGCUCGACAUGCCGACAGUAGGACCAGGCCUGUGUUGUCGCUGGAGCAAGCUGCCUCUGUGGUCGACAACAUCCCUGCCUUCAAUGGUGAUCCAAUCGUCAUCUCCGAUACUCCCAGCCCUGCUGCCAGCAUUAUCUCCAUCCACAGCGACACAGAGGACGAAGAUGACAGGAAGUUCCCUGCUGCCGGCUCUGGUGUUAACCAGCGAGCCAAUGUGAUCAGCUGUGUGACGGUGCACGACUCGCAUGACUCUGACUCGUCAAUCAGCAGUCCCCUGAGCCCCAAGCGCCUUGCCACCAACUCCUCCUCGUCCCAGUCCUCCUCCAAGUCCCUUGCCAUCAUCCUGCCCUCAGUGAAGACUCAGUCUGGGGAGAGCGGGACCCACAUAUCAGAUCCACACGUUAAUGUCUCUGGUAAGUCCAAGAAGGUGACAGCUCAGCAGUCCAGCAGGGCAGGAGGGGCCUCCAGCUCUGAUCGCCAUCAGAGGGCCACAACUAGCAGAUCUCAACCCCUCAACCUGAGUCAGGUACAGCAGUCUGUGCUGUCAUCAUCACAAGACAGAACAGGAGGCAACAGCAGCUCCUUGCGCCGUCAGCCCACCUACCCUCCUCCAGUCUCCUCCCACUCCUACCGUUUGCAAGAGGCUUCCUCCAUCUUCACCUCUACCCCUAACCUGUACGCCUACCCUGCCUCUGCUGCCCUGGCCUCUGUCUCUCAGGCCAUGGACCAGCUCCACGCCGGGGGCUCUUCUAGACACGCCCGGCCCAGCGGGCCCUACUCCUCCCUGGGGCUCCUUCAUGCCCAGGGACAGUACCACCAGCAGCAGCAGCUGGCGGCCCAGCCUUACCCCGUCCCACGGUCCAGCGCAGCGGCCUACCAGCUCAGCCAGAGGAAGCUCAGUCAGUACCCCUACCUGUGAGGAAUAGAGGCUAGAAUAUCCUAGAUUCUAUUUCUGUGGAAAAAAACAGCGAUCUAGCCCAGCGGAAGACCAAAUGGAGACCAAGACUAUAAAGGCGCAGCACUGCACAAGUUUAGCACAGGCACUAUGAUACUUAAAUACCACUGAUAUUUUUAAAUGUGCAAUUUAGUAAGGCCUCGUUUAGAAUUAUUUUAACAGCUUUGUUCGCAAUGUCCUGAUUUCAAGUGGUAAAUAUUUUUAAUUCCCUGUUACUUAAAUGAAAUUCGCUUAUGUGCAAAAAAGUCCUUUAAACAUUUGUCUUAUGUAAAGCCAGUAUUUUGCUAUCUUUGUUUUUAGAAUAUUACGCUUGUAAAAGCACUAACCCGUGUGUCCUUUGUCGUUAUCAUGACAUUUUAUUUCCAUGUACUGCAGCUAAUCAAAUUGUACUAGAAUUAUAAGACUGACCUUUUAUUUAUUUAUUUGUUUUUAUCAUUAUUUUGAAUGUCUACGUAUUGCAAAUAACGCUGAACAGAGUUUCUCUGUUUCAUAAGUGUGUUUUCCGUGUCUGUUGUAAAAGAAUACAGAUAAAAUAAUGAGUUUGUCGACUAAAUGUCGCCUUACCUGAAACACUUCCCUACACAUGUACACUCCUCUACCUAUUUGUUUGACCAAUGAAGAUAACACUUUUGCUCCGGCUCUGCACUCAAGCAUUUGAGAUCAAAUGUUGUAUACGAGCCGACUGCAGAACAUCACCAGGGUAUUUUCAUGUGUAACUCUUUAGAUAUGAACGCACUUUAUAUAUCUAGUCGUGUGUUCCCCCCCCCCCCAUUUGAAGAUGUCAUAAGUGUAUUAAUGGGCGGCAGGUAGUCUAGUGGUUAGUGUUGGGCCAGUAACCAAAAGGUUGCUAGAUCAAAUCCCCGAGCUGACAAGGUUAAAUCUGUCGUUCUGCCCCUGAACAAGGCAGUUAACCCACUUUUCCUAGGCCGUCAAUUGUAAAUACAAAUUUGUUCUUAACUGACUUGCCUAGUUAAAUAAAAGUUCAAAUUACA